AUGGCACUAGCAAGCAAUGCUUUUGGAUUCCUUCUCUCGUGCAUGGUGGCCAUCUUUGGAGUUUUGGGCGAUCCUGAUCCUCUCCAGGACUUCUGCGUCAAAGAUCCAAACUCCAAAGUUUUCGUCAACGGAGCCUCUUGCAAAGAUCCCACUAGAGUUACUGUUGACGACUUCACCUCCACCGUCCUUCGCCAGGCUCCAGUCACAAACAACACACUGCGAAUCCAAGUCGACUUGGUCGAUAUUAGAAUGUUUCCAGGCCUCAACACACAAGGGCUCUCCAUUGCCCGCCUCGCAUUCGGUCCAUUUGGCGUGAAUCCUCCACACAGCCAUCCCCGAGCAUCCGAGAUCAUCUGGCUCCUCCAGGGACGCCUCUACGUCGGAUUUGUGUCAACUUCCAACCGGUUGUUUGCAAAGGUUUUGUAUCCCGGUGACCUGUUCAUCUUUCCCAGGGGUCUUGUUCACUUCCAGCGAAAUCUGAAUAACUCGAGCACGGUCGCAGUUGCUGCGCUUGGAAGCCAAAACCCGGGAAGAACAGACAUGGCUAGAGCGUUGUUCCAGACCACUCCAAACAUCAUGAACGAAGUUCUAGAGACAGCUUUACAGGUUGAUGAAAAUGAGAUUAAUAAGUUACGAAGUGGAGUGAGUCGGACUUAA